UGUAUGUAAAUUUGUUUGGCAAUUCUAUGUUUUCAAUGGAGUUUUGAAUUGCUUUUAGUUUAAUAAUUAAUUAUGAAUUAUAGGUAUCAGAAUCGUUGGCUGUGAUAUAUAAUUUUCGACUACCGGUUGUUAACGAUGUCGUAGUGACGUACAACGCUGAACCCUCCGAUUGUUGACAGAGUGUUUCAUUUAAAUUUAUUAAACAACAAAAAUGGUAUCCCACGUACAUAGAUGGGAUACCUAAAUAAUCAUAACAUUAUGGUGUCGAAGCUGUAGCACAGGUAGGCCUCUGCAAUCUGGCGAGCUACCCUGCCUGGACCAAACCAUCGUCGGCAUUAUGUCGUUCGACUUUGAGGAAAUCAACUCAUUGCGUCAUGAACUGCAAAACGUUAGGGAGGUGAUGCGCCUGACCAAGUGCAACAUCGAAGAACUCAACGGCACAUUCGCCACCUUUGACCAUCCGCCGGCAAUUUAUUUGACCGAGUACCGAGAGCUGACUGUUAAGCUACAUGAACUAGAAGCCAAAGAACAGCAGCUACUCGACCAGGUUGACCAUCCAAGGGAGCAUCGCAAGACAGGCAGGGCCGAUAAGCCAUCUACGCCGUCUGUGCGUGUAAUCAGAGCGCAUUUGCCAAAUAAACAACGCACCACCAUCGAAGUUAAACACGGUGAAACGUUGCAUUUGGCCUUAGAAAAACGCUUACAACAUAGAAAAAUUCCUAUGAAUGUCUGUGUUGUCUAUAGGCAUGGUACUAACCAUCAAAUUCCUUGGGACACGCAAACAUCGGCAAUUGAAUAUGAUGAGAUCCAAGUAAAAAUGUGUUGGUUACCGAUUCAAGCGUCAUUUACUCAUGAUUUUUCCAAACGCACUUCGUUUACCACUUGUGAUCAUUGUCGACAAUUAUUAUUUCAGGGUUAUCAUUGUCGUUCGUGUGGGUUUAAAUUUCAUGAACGUUGUUCAAUGGGCGUGCCUGUGUUAUGUAUUCCAACCAGAGACUUAAACAACAGUAACAGUGGUAACCAUACUAUUUAUCAAAACUCUGCAGGUAUACUACAGCUAUCCUCGGAUUAUGAAUCAUCGAGACGCAGAGUGCUCGUCCAUGGUGAAAGAUCUAGUUCUGAGCCUAACGUGUGUCGCAACAUGGUAAACAUGAACUGGGAUGACUUGGCUGAACUAAAACGGGUACCGUCAGGGGUGCCUCAAGGUUAUUUACCCCAUAGCCAAAGUGCUCAAGCAUCUCCAACUAAUGUACUGAGAACCAGACCUCGAUCGAAAAGUGAUGACGAAAGUGCUACAAAAAAACGACUUCGAGACACGGGACCCCAAGAGUCUCUUGAAGAUUGGGAAAUACCUGAGACCGACAUACAACUGGGUGAUUGUAUUGGAUCGGGAUCGUUCGGUACUGUGUACAAAGCUAACUGGCACGGUCCAGUUGCUAUAAAAGCUCUUAAGGUAAAACAACCGACCGCUGCACAAUUACAGGCGUUUAAAAAUGAAGUAUCUGUUCUUAAAAAAACAAGACACGUUAAUGUGCUGUUGUUUAUGGGAGUUAUUCGCAAACCAAAUUUAGCCAUUGUCACCCAGUGGUGUGAAGGGUCGAGCCUAUACCGUUGCUUGCACGUUCUAGAAAAAAAAUUUGAAACUAUGCAGUUGAUAUCUAUAACCGGCCAAACGGCUAUAGGCAUGAAUUAUCUACAUUCAAAGAGCAUUAUACAUAGAGAUCUUAAAAGCAACAACAUAUUUUUCAACGACUCUGUAGUGAAAAUCGGCGACUUUGGUUUAGCGACAAUUAAAUCGAAAUGGUCUGGCGGCCAGCAAUAUCAUCAGCCUUCUGGAUCAAUUUUGUGGAUGGCGCCUGAAGUGAUCAGAAUGAAGGAGGACAAUCCGUAUAGCUUCCAGUCGGAUGUUUAUGCAUACGGUGUUGUGCUGUAUGAACUGCUGUCAGGUCAAUUGCCGUACACAGAGAUAAACAACAAGGACCAAAUCUUAUUUAUGGUUGGCAGAGGUUCCCUGAGACCAGAUCAGAAAAAAGUACGGACAGACGCGCCAGCUGAACUCCGUAAGCUGAUGGAAAACUGUAUAAAAUUUGCCAGGGAGGAUAGACCCAAAUUCAAAGACAUUGCCAUAUCCAUUCAAAAUAUUAUACAUGCCAUGCCAAAAUUACAACGGACUACAUCUGAGCCUAUUUUGUGUCGGUCAAAUUGGAGCGAUGACUAUUUGUACCCAUCCGAAGCAAAUAACUAUAGAGGAGCUGCUGGCUUUAUAUAAAAAAAAAACACGCACAACUGUAUAAAAAAAAAAAAAAAUUAUUUUUACUCUGAUGAUUUAUUAUUUCUAUGUAUCUAUAUAUAAAUAGUUAAACAUAAUUAACUAGUGGAUGACGGUACAUACAUAUAUACAUAAAUAAUAUGUAAAUAUGUACACUAGUGUGUAUGCGUAUGUAAAAUUUUCUUAUUAGAUAUUGAUAAUUUGUUGA